CCAAGAUGGCGGACCUGCUCGGCUCGAUCCUGAGCUCCAUGGAGAAGCCGCCCAGCGUCGGUGACCAGGAGACCCGCCGGAAGGCCCGGGAGCAGGCCGCCCGGCUGAAGAAGCUGCAGGAGCAGGAGAAGCGGCAGAAGGCGGAAUUCCGGAAAAGGAUGGAGAAGGAAGUGUCGGACUUCAUCCAAGACAGCGCCCAGACCAAGCGCAAGUUCCAGCCCAUGAACAAGAUCGAGCGGAGCAUCCUCCACGACGUGGUGGAGGUGGCCGGCCUCACCUCCUUCUCCUUCGGGGAGGAUGACGACAGCCGCUACGUCAUGAUUUUCAAAAAGGAGUUCGCCCCCUCGGACGCCGAGCUGGACUCGUACCGCCGGGGAGAGGAGUGGGACCCGCAGCGGGCGGAGGAGCAGCGGCGACUCAAGGAGCUGGCCCAGCGGGAAGCAGAGGAAGAGGCCUCGAGGGGCCCGGCGGUGGUGAACCCCAACACUGACUACAAGGACAAAUACAGCCACCUCAUCGGCAAGGGGGCCGCCAAAGACGCCGCCCACAUGCUCCAGGCCAACAAGGCCUACGGCUGCGUGCCGGUGGCUAACAAGCGGGACACACGCUCCAUCGAGGAGGCCAUGAACGAGAUCCGUGCCAAGAAGCGGCUGCGGCAGAGUGGGGAGGAGGGCCCGGCUGCUUCCUAGGCCCUCCCUGCGGCCCGGGGUGGGGGCCGGGCAGACCUCCCCGCCCGCCCCCCGGCCAUGAUGCGCACUCGGCAACCCUAGGCCCCUCCCCGGGGCCUAAGCUUUUAAAGACUCCCAACCCCAACCCCUCUCCCACCUCCUAGACAGAGGGCAGGGAAGGGACAGGCUGGGGGACGGGCAAGGGGAUAUGAAGUGAAUGUUUUAGAGUUUUAAAAGGUGGAGUGGGAGUGAACGCCCCUGCUCCUUGAGGUCUUGUGUGUGUGUCUGUGUGUCUGUGAGAGCGUGAGGCAAAGGUAGAAAGGAAAGCGAGAGUGAGUCGUGACCAGAAAGACCAUACUGAGUAUUUAAUUUGUGUUUUUUCCCCCCACCCCUUUCUCACAGGGACUUCCUCUUCCCUGGGGGGAACGGGCAGGGAGCUCUGAAUAAACACUAUGGAAAGACUCAGCUGUGAUGGUCUGUGGAGGGGCAGGUAGGGUUGAGGCUUUGGGGGCCAGACUCCCCAAAUUCUACCCGGCCGGCCUGAGAUUCCGUCUCUGGCCGGAACCACGGGGCCCUUAGAGGAAGUCGGGGGCGGUUACCUCUCGGCCGGCGUCUCACCGUUAGGGAGGGACCCUCCAGCCCCCCUCAACCCUCUCCCCCACACCCCCCCCCCCCAACUUUCCCCCCAGCCACCCCCUCAGAGACCGCUUCUCCACACGUCAACUCAGAACCCCCUCGGAGCGGCUGGUAUCGUCUCUGCCUGUACGACUUCCUGUGGUAACAGAUCACCCAGGCUCACACGCUCUCACGGCCUCCGACGGUAGGGUUUCCUCCGCUCGGGCUUGAACCUGCGACCCCUGAGCCUUCCCCCACCCCACCCGGGGGGAGAGGGAUUCUGGACGGAUUUCGCUCACACCGGUUCGUGUUCCCCAAUCCCAAGCUUCUCAGGACCCCGGAACCUCUUGACCCCCUUUCUCCAGGUCGGGUCUGUCUAUAUUGAGAAGGGUGACGCAGUAUUCCAAGUGUGUGAUGUCUUUACAGAGGCAAAACUAAGCUUCUCUAAUUUUUUGUUGUUGUUGUUAAGCACUUGCUAUGUGCCAGCGCUUGGUACAGUGCUUUACACAGUAAGCACUCAAUAAAUACGAUUGAAUGAAUGACUGCCAGGCACUUUUACUAAGCGCCGUACUGGCUAAUCGGUUGGACGCAGUCCCUGUCCCACGUGGGGCUCACGGCGUUAAUCCCCAUUUUACAGAGGAAAGAACAAAGC